ACGGAGCCGGGCACCACGCCGCUGGGCGGAGACCUGGCCAAGCCGGCGGCCGCCUCUGACUCCACGGCCGUGCUGCCCAAGCCGAAAAACUCGAACCGGCGCAGCGUGUGGGGCCCGCACCGCUACGCGGGCCUGAUCACGCAGGCGAUCCUCUCGUCGCCGGAGAAGCGGCUCAACGCUGGCACAAGUGUACGACUGGAUGGUGACCAACAUCCCCUGGUUCAAAGACAAAGGGGACAGCACCAGCUCGGCCGGUGCCGCUUCAUCAAGGUGCAGAACGAGGGCACCGGCAAGUCCUCCUGGUGGAUGAUCAGCCCGGACGCCAAGACGGGCAAAUGCACUCGCCGGCGCGCCACGCUCGAGACGUCCAAGUACGAGAAGAAGCGCGGCCGCGCCAAGGAGAAGGUGGAGCCCAUCCGCGGCGGCCUGGACCACACGCCGAGCCCGUCGUCGUCGCUGGGCGACGGCCUGGACGGCCGGUUCGCCGAGAGUCUGCUGCAUCCGACGCAGGCGGGCUUCCUUGGAGGCGACUACCGGCACCGGGCCAACUCGGCGGCCUCGUCGUGCGGCCGGCUCUCGCCGCUGGCCGCCUGGCGGUACCGGCACCGGCUCGACUCUUACCAGCAGGAGCAGCUGGCCGACUCGGUCGACGGCGGCUUCAAGUUUGAGCCGGGCGUGCCGCUGGCGUACCGCGGCAUUAACGGCUACGGCCUGUACGCCGGCGGCGGGCCGCUCUCGCCCAACGGCCAACCCGCCGGCCUGCUGCCCGGGCCCAGCGGCCGGCCCGGCCCCGACGGCGACCACUACAACGGCCUCCAGUCCGUGUCACUAGCGGCCAGCGUCAGCUCCAUGUCACCCAGCCUGACGGCGGAUCACUACGCGCAGGCGGAGGGCCUGUACCACGGCCUGCCGGCCAGCAGCGCCUACGGCGCCUCGCUCAGCUACAGCUCGCCAGUCUCCUCCUCCUACACGGCCUCGCCGUCCAUCAGGUUCAGCUCGGCGUCGCCGGUCUCGUCGGGCGGCAGCUACACCACCAGCGGCUUCGGUAACAGGGCCUUUGCCGCUCCGCCGCCGCCAGCCGGCCAACCGUUCGCGGGCUCGCUGAUGACCGUGUCGGCGCCACGGCCCGAGGACCCGCAGACGCCCUCCCAGCUCAUGUCCAACCUGAUGGGCGCGCUGCAGCAGAACCACAUGCCGGUCGACCUCGACCUGGACACGUUCCAGGGCGGCUUCGACUGCGACGUUGACAACAUCACCUGA